AUGCUGCCCGCUCGAGUGGCCCGUCCAGCUGCACGUGCACCGCUCGUGUGCUCCUGCACCCGCCCAGGGCUUCUCCCUCGCCCAGCCGCUUCUCGCCCGACAACGCCUCGCGCCGGCCUCGCAACACGAACAAGUCGCCCUCGCGCGACGCCACAAGCUUCCGGUGGGCUGCUGAGGGGACAGAUCAGACAGGAUGGGGCACGGCAACAAUGGCGACAGCCAGUGCGGGCGCGGCACCUCGCGACAGAAGCUCCCACGCAGUCGCCGUCCGGACCGACCGCGGCGUACGACCGCGAAGUCGCUUCGGGCGCGAUCCAGAACGACGAGCACCAGCGUUCGAUUGUCGCCAUCCUGCAAGACAUGUACGACCAGCUCGAAGCCUACACACCCCCUCCCAUCGGCCCUCUUCCUCCUCCCAUCCAGCCCUCGUUCUGGGACCGCCUCAUGCGCUCCCGCCUCUUUGCCGACAUGGCCGACGAGCUGCAUCAAGCCAACACCGCCGUCAUCCCGCUCCCGCCUCCGCCCCCCGGCCUACCGAAGGGACUCUACCUCUUCGGCUCAGUCGGCUGCGGAAAGUCCUUCCUGAUGGACCUCUUCUACGCCAACCUGCCGCCCAAGUACCGAGGGACUGGAGACGGCAAGGGCAAGUUCGGGAGCAGGAGGGUCCACUUCCACCAGUUCAUGAUGGACGUGCACAAGAAGGGACACCGGAUCAAGAUGGAGCACGGCGUCUCGCAGGAUUGGGUCGUGAUGGCUGCGCGCGAGAUCGCGGAGGAGACGAGGGUGUUGUGCUUUGACGAGUUUCAGGUUACCGACAUUGCGGACGCAAUGAUCCUGCGACGACUGAUGGAGGCGCUGCACGCGCACGGCGUCGUCUGCGUCAUGACUUCCAACCGUGCACCCGACGACUUGUACAAAAACGGCAUCCAGCGAGAACAGUUCUUGCCGUGCAUACAGCUCAUCAAGAACAGCUUUACGGUUCACUGCCUAGACUCUGAGAUCGACUACCGAAAACGCCCCCGCGAGCUCUCGCGCGUCUACUUCCACCCCAUCAACGGCGAGAACCUCGCCGAGUUUGACAAGCUCUUCGAGUCGACCUGCCACGCAAUCGAUCCCGGCGACGCAGUAGUCGCCGAUCGCCUCCUCUCCGUUUGGGGUCGACCCGUUCCCAUCCCUCUCUCGACCUCUCACGUCGCACAAUUCGGCUUCUACGAUUUGUGCGGCGCGCCUCACUCGGCGGCGGAUUAUCUCGAGAUUACGAAGACGUUCGGGACGAUCUUCUUGAAGGGUGUGCCGCAGCUUGGGCUGGAGACGAAGGAUCAGGCGAGGAGGUUCAUCUUGUUCGUCGACGCGGCGUACGAGGCAAGGACAAAGCUCUUCGUCCUCUCCAACCCGCCUAUCGCGAGCGUCUUCUCCGACGAGCGCCGCGCGACAGGCGAGAUCACGCCUCACAUGCGCGCGAUGAUGGACGACCUCGGUCUCUCGGCGGAUGUCGUCGGUGCUAGCUCAAUCUUUACGGGCGACGAGGAGGUGUUUGCGUUCGCGAGGGCGGUGUCCCGCAUUACGGAGAUGGGAUCGGUGCAGUGGGCGAGGCAGCAUGCGGUCAACUUGCACGGCCAGGGGUUGAAGGAGGAGCAAAUGCGCGAGGAGGGGGAGCAGGUCGCCACGGCGUAG